AUGUCUCUAAUCCGAACCUACAGCAAAAGAGCGGCAAAAAGGAAAGUGGAAACCGAGGAAGAGCUCGACAUACCCAAGAAACAGAGACUUGAACUUCAACCUCCAACGCCUACUCCUCCGAAACUUGCUCGGGAUCUCUCUCGAAUCUUUGACGAUGCUACCGCUUCGCUUUCCUCCAACAAGAAUCAUCCUCCCAACAAAGUGGCAAGGCGUAUGCUAGGAAGAUCGAAAACAGAGAGUUAUAUAGCAAGCGAACCGGGGACUCCAAGUACUAGCAGGAUAGUUGACAGAACAUCCUCAUUACCCUCCUUCCCGAGCCCGAGCUCUUCAAACCAUAACGCAUCUUCACACUCAUUACCUCCAUCGCCGGCAAAAAGAUCCCAUACAGACGUUGCCCCUCUAACUCCGUCAAGACGAACGACCUCUCUCAAGAGAACCUACGCAGGGAAAUCACGCACAUUCCUCGUCGCUCUCCCAGUCGAUCCUUCUUCUAUGACGUCUCUGGAACAGACGCUUCAAGAAGAAGAGGACGAAUAUAUGAAUCGGGAGUCGUAUAACUCAUUGAGGAUGCGUUGGGGUGUAGAUAACUCUGAGGAUGACCCUUUUGGUCCCACCAUGGAAUCGACUGUUUCCUCAGUAAAUACUACUCCUCGCAAAGGCAAGGCGAAGGUAGGGAAGGGAAAGGGAGGUAGCGAGAAAACGGCACUACCUCCGGAUACCAUAAAGCCGUUCAAGAGUAUCACCGAGAUCAGAAACAAAGGGGAGAGUCGCAGAUUUUUGGAUGAAGUGGGGUAUCUGUUAGAGGGAAUGGACAAGGAGGAGAGUCCUGCCUUGAGAAGGACCAGUGCUUUGGAGAUCACAAACCGGCUUUGCGAGACUGAAUUCGCUAGGAAAGCCAAAGCCGCGGAUUUUCUUCUUCGGACAUGGGAGGCGUUUGCUGAGGGACGAGCGGGCUCGGGCGAGGAUCGGGUUCUCGACGCUAUAUUUGCAUUUUUUUGCGCACUCGUCGCACGAGAUACUGGAUCACUUUCUGACCUCGUUGAAAGAGCACACAUGCCUACUGGCACUUAUGGCGAAUCGGGUCGUUCUCCGUUCAUAACGAAUUUGUUUUCCCUUCUCGCUAUCAUAACCCCGGAUCGGGACCCCUUGCAUUUGAUAUCUCAAUCAUUGAUACUUGAUGGCCAGCUCAAGAAGAUAGGCAUAACGAAAAGCGAUCGUAUAUUGCUAAAAUCUCUGCACGAUACCAUCUUGUCCAAAUCUCAGUUAUUUCCGUUGACCCACACGGUGUCGACGCUUUCGCUCGUUACACAUACCCUUGCAACGAUCGCGCCAAUCUCCCUGUCUCCGGCUUACCAUCUGCGACCCCUUCUGCAGUCCAUGCGUACGCAACUUAUACCGCUCAUUAUCAAUUCAUCUACACCGUCCAACGGGGUACCUAGAUCAACGACCGGCAAUCUUAAUUCGGCGGUUCCGGAUGUUCACAUCCGUUUUGGAGCAUUUCAAGAUCUACUUGGGAUGUUUGACUGUUACUUGUUGAAAAGGUGGUCGAACGACGAAGCGGAGGACCUUGGUGAUUUAAUCGGACACGCGCGAGAGGAGGGUUGGCUACCCAAGGGUUUGAUCGGUUUGGGUGUAUGUGCUGAAGCAGCUUGUGCAAACGCCGCUUUUUCCCUUAACCACCCUGACGUUGAUGACGAGACUUCUUCGGCGGACUUUGCCUCCGCAUGUAAAUGCAUUGAACUUGCGUUCCGUGUGCUCGUUAGCUUGACGCAUGCAGACCCUGACUGGAGCGGCAGUAUCGUCAACGAUCCGGUCUCGUUGACUUUUGUCAUUGGCCAGGUUUGCAGAGCCGAUCGUGUUCGGUUGAAAAACCUAAGGGGGACUGGCAACGGGAAAGUAGGGAAAGGUAAAGAGGUGGUAAAGAAAGAGCAGAUGACGGAUAGUGAUAAUGAAGAAGAUCUCAAGGCCGCUGUGAAGGGGGAUGGCCGAAGGAACGUUUAUUCUCAAGUUCAAGCGCUGGAUCGUUUAUGCCUCGCCCUCGGCCUUCUAACCAAUAUCGUGCAGGAAGUAGGCGUCGCAAAGGAUAGAUUAAGGGAAACCAGUUUCGAUCCCAAAUGCAUUGACCAGCGAGAACCCUGUAUUUCCUCCUGCACCUGUCCCAACUCGGUCAGCAUACUCAAUAUCCUUGCCGAUGUAUACCAUCAUCAGUUAGCCCGAGUACGGUCAACUGCCACCACCAAGUUGAAGCGAGAGUCCUCGCCCUCCACCCCUCCACCACAUGACGCGGAUGCAAUUCUACAAGUCAAAGCUGACGUCGAUAGCGUGGAAGCGGAAGCCGACGCCUCCUUCCUUUUGGGCCAUCUCUCGGUCCUCUUUGGGUUGUUUAUGAGAGACAAUCCCGCCAAUCAGGAACUCAUUAUUGCCGCUCUACCUAUGGAGCCGUCUGUUCCUGCUUCAAACCGACGACAGAUAAGACGCGCAAAACUCGACAAGAUGGUUCAGAAUGCGAAGGCUCUUGUCAAGUUCUAUGCUACCAUAAAUAAGGGUAUCAAUGAAGAAGGUGGUGAUGGCACGGAGGAUGAUGAAGAAACCGGCUCGUUGACAGGUGAUGCUCGAAGGGAAGUUGAGCUUGGCGACAUCACUACUGGUGUGAACAUCGCACAAGGAGUUGUGGCUUUCUUGGAAGAGCUGAGGGAUGAUUAA